GAAAUAAAAGAUAAAAAUAUAAAAGCAAAAGAAGUCUUUCACUUUUUAAAAUUUAACUGUGCAGCCAUGAAAGUCAUCCAGGCUGCAUAACACUCCCACAGCAGUGUGUGUGUGUGUGUGUGGGGGGAAGAAGCAUUCGUAGGAAAGCACCUAAAAUUCACCUCCAAGGAGAUGGAACAUGAAGUGACAUUUAUAAAUGAACACAGGCCAUUUGUUUUUCUAAGGAACUGCCAAAAACGGGCCAUCCAAAUAUACGUACAGAUGGCUCACGGUGAUAACUAGCUUAUAAAAUAACAAUGCACUGCUGUAGAGUGAACUACCCGCCAUCAUAUAUUAAAAGACUAGACUCAAUGAAAAACAUCAACAUGUUUUUCUGCUCGUAAUCUGAACUUCAACAGAGCUGAUAACAUUAACACCAAACCGCAGCAGCAACAAGUUACAGAAAUGAUAAAAAGAUCCCCUCUAUUAUUCCCUAUUCAGUGUCUUAUUUAGGGUCCUUGGCAGGCAGUAAAAAAAAAAGAAAACCCUCUUGCUUCAGGGGGCAAAAGUUUACGGAUAAAAGGGAUCACUCAGGAGAUUACUCCCAUGUACGUAACGCGGAUGCCUAGAACACAAACAAAGAGCGUUAUGUUGCUCAGCUGUAUUUGUGUGUGUGAGAGCAAGUGCCUCUCCAAACUUAUCCCCCACCAUUCGCCUUUUUAUAUCGCCGAAUGAAAAGCUGAGCUGCGUUUGUUUUCUUUGUGCGUAUCCUCCCGCUGCCAUAGGAUUCUCCUUGUAGCUGUUUAAAUGAAACAUCUUUUUUUUUUUUUUUUUCAUGCAUCCACUCAGAGCAGUGUUUUUCAAUCAGAUUAGUACAGCACAUUCUGUUCUGUUUCACUUCCUGAUGACUGUGCAGCCUGUAUCCCUGAAUGAACUCACCCGCGUGCUUCUGGUUACACCAAGACUCACACAGACAUAUUCUCGCAACUGCCUGUCAGAUUUUUAGCACUUCAUACAAUAUUUAGUGAACGUGUGAGGCGAUUAUCAAGAAAACCUGCUGCUUAUUGGUUUUACAUUAACAAAGAAUACGUGACUUUGUUUUGAUGCUGAAAGCUGAGCCGGCAACCAGUGAGAAGCCCUGAAGCUCAGAACGCAAGUGAUAAAUCCACAUGUGUGUCUCCCACAUAUGCUUAUUAUAUACAUAUGAAACAGCUGAUGUAAAUUACAACCAUCUAAUUUUCCUGUUUCCUACCGCACGGCUGCUUUCACCAGAACAGAAACAAGAUGUUUGUGAUGUUUCAGGAAGGGAAAACAACAUCUCGAGCCGUGUGUCACUGUAGAAAUCUAUUUGUGCGUUUCUGCCCAGCUCAGCUCAGGUCAGCUCGGUUCAUUUUGACCUCCGAAAAAGCACUAGAAGGCAGCAGGAAGUGCCAACGAAGCUACCAGGACGCUGCGGCUCAAGAGUUUGGGGGAAAAACAAACAAAUCUGUGCCUGAGCCGGAGUUAACCGUCUUCAAGUUUUUCUUCUCCGUUUCUACGCUUUAGUUGUCUAUGGGUUUAUUUUGAAUUGCUCCGGGUGGCCGAUGAUGCAUGAUGAGGUUGUGGUGGUGCUUUUAGAACACAAGCCCACAGUCAUUGUGUUUCUGUUCUAUUUUUUUUUUCUUUUUUUUUUUCGAAUGAGAUGUUCUAAAACGAGAGUGUGCGAAACCUACUUUCUUCCGAUAAGCAGAUGCUCAGCAGAUUACUCAGCCAGUUGACAACAUCCCUGUGGGUUUUGCAGAAACAGGUUCACUUGUGUUAUGUCACCUUUAUAAUUAACAGGAUCAUCAUGUUCCCUCCGACAGACGCCUGCUGUCUGCCAGCAGUGUGGUCAGACAGUGUCCUCAGCACCUCUGAUUGUGGGAUUCACCCACCAGGAACCGGCAACAAAGGUGUUUGAGCAUUUCAGUUCAGGCAUUAAAGAACAGUUUCCUCACAGGGUCUCGCAUAAAUAAACCUUUUUUGCUUAUUGUCAGUGUUAUUUUGAAGGUUUUAAAAUGCAAGAGUGCAGUCGACAUGAGCGCAAGAAUCAGCCAUAAAACAUGCUAUAGUUCAAACACUUCAUGUAUAUUGGCGCACUGACGCCGGUAUCCUCAGACCACAAAAGCACAAAAGCACAGCUAUAAAAAUCUUUUAUGACUGUUAUGGGAAUUUGAGCGGCCCCUGCACACCGCCGAUGUAAAUGUCUGGCUUCACUAACCGCCUGAGUUCAUCACUCGGAUCCAGUUUUAAGCUUAUCAAGUUUGCGUGAAAUUAUCAGCAGAUCGCUCUCUUUAAACACGACGCAGCAGAUAAGAGUCACAUUGAAGUGGCUCAAUGAAAACAUUGGGUCUAUAUGCGGAGGGUGAUUCUGGGGUUUCCACGUGGGGGAACGUCUCCUCACAGGCUGUUCUGAGUCUAUAUUUAGACAACUUUUGGGAAUCGGGGAUUGUUUUACUGGAUUCAUUAACAGUUAACAUGACAUCUGAACAGAGCCUCGACCUGACGACUGUGAGGAGUUGGAUUGGCUCAUAAAUCAACUUUUAUGACUUUUUUUUUUUUUUUUUGGCAUAUAUUACAUAUAACCUCAUAAACCAACUGCAAACAACCGUGCCAUCUUUGAUCAAUUUUUUUUACAACAGCUUGUUAAAAAGCAAAAAAAAACCUUCAAAUAAAACUGCUUUGUUGUGCGUCACGCUGUGUGUGUGUGUGUGUGUGUGCACGUACGGUUUGCAGAUAGUGGUUCCUCAGUGCUUCCGUUACAUUUCAGUUGAGCUUACUGUACUGCAUUGUGUUUCCCUGAUAACUGUCACCUUUUCUUUUCUUUUCUUUUCUUUUCUUUUUGCAGAAUAUUUGACUUACAUUGACAACACAGGGAGCAGUUUUAUUUUAAACUGACACUGAACGUGCAACUCUGACCUUUACUAUCACCAUUCACACAGCGUUACUGUGUGAUGCCCACACGCAGAAAUGACCACUGAUCAAGAUUUGUCUAUGGACGGCCAGUCAGCCAGAGCUGUUCUCGCUGCAAAGGGCAUCGACGUAACACCUGAUAAAGACCAAGGAGUUAUCAAGGUGGUGAAACGUCAGGGACUAGAUGGAGACCGGCCAAUGAUCGGGGACAGAGUGACAGUCCACUACACUGGGAAGCUGCUCACGGGGAAGAAAUUUGAUUGCAGUCGUGAUCGCAAAGAGCCCUUUUCCUUCAAUGUAGGCAAAGGACAAGUCCUCAAGGCCUGGGACAUCGGCGUGCUGUCCAUGCAGCGAGGAGAGGUGUGCACGUUCUUGUGUAAGCCAGAGUACGCUUAUGGAGCUGCUGGAAAUCCCAACAAAAUUCCUCCGUGCUCUUCAGUGGUGUUCGAGAUGGAGCUGCUCAAGUUCGAAGGAGAGGCGCUCACGGACGACGGCGGCAUCAUAAGAAGAAUCAAGGUCAAAGGAGACGGUUACACUAACCCCAACGACGGAGCGAGUGUUGACGUGCGCCUGCAGGGAAGCUGUGGCGGCCGGUUGUUCGACUGCAGGGACGUCAGCUUCAUUGUGGGCGAGGGCGAGGACAAAGGCAUUCCCCUGGGAGUGGACCGAGCCCUGGACAAGAUGCAGAGAGGAGAGUGCUGUUUACUUUACUUAAAACCAAAAUAUGGCUUUGGAAGCGAAGGUAAACCAGAGUGCAAAAUCGGACCAGACAAAGACGUGGUAUAUGAAGUUACCCUCAAAGACUUUCAAAGGGCUAAAGAAUCCUGGGAAAUGGACUUGAGUGAAAAGCUGGAUUUGGUCGGUGACGUGAAGAAUAAAGGGAAUCAGUAUUUUAAGGCAGGGCGGUACUACCAGGCUGUCAUCCAGUACCAGCGCAUCAUUUCCUGGCUGGAGAUGGAGUGCGGUUCUGGGAUCGAGCAGCAGAAGAGGAUACAGGACUACAUCGUGACAGCCCACCUCAACUUGGCUCUGUGUUUCCUGCGGAUAAAAGAGUUUUCGCAAGUGGUGGACAACUGCAACAAGGUAAUCGAGCUUGAUAAGAGCAACGAGAAGGCCUUGUACCGACGGGGGGAAGCCCGGCUCCUCCGCAACGAGUUCAGCCUGGCCAUGGCGGACUUUCAGCAAGUGCUCCAAGUCAACUCCUCCAAUCGUGCGGCUCGUGCUCAGAUUUCCAUCUGCCAGAGCAAGAUUAAGGAACAUCACGAGCAGGACAAGAAAACCUACGCCAACAUGUUCCAGAAAUUCGCAGAGCGGGACGCCAAGACGAGGAGGACGAAGAGGAGGCGGGACGACAGCGAGAGGAGCGGCCUGAACGGAGAAGUGGGCAUUAAGCGGCGGCGGAGGAGUCAGGACUGCCUGUCGUAACAGUGACACUUGAAAAGGGAGAAGAGAAAAGCCUCCCUUUGCUUUCCAGGUCCAGGGAGCAGAGGCAGGAAUGAAGUUGAAUAAAAAGCCUCUAAUCCAAACUUCUUUAUCCCAAAAUCCAGCGUGACCAUUCCUGCAUAUAAAGUAGAGAGUAAGCAGGGACGUUUGCAAGCCAAACAGCAUUUGCCCUGUCACGUGGCCUGUCGAACUGCCAGGACGAGGCUCCCAGUGGACUUAGUACUACAGAAUCAGCCAGUUCAGAUUGGUCGACACUUCUAGCCCCCUGCAUUUUAUUUGGAAAAACUAUGGUUUGAUUUUUUUUUUUUCCCUCAAAGAAAUUUUUCCUUGCCGACUGUGUAGAGUUGAGAUGUGCCUCCACAGUGUGCUUCUGAUUCCAAAACCACACUUGUUGGUUUUCUGACUCGUGUUUGGUAUAUUCAGCCUUUUCCGGGGCAGCUGCGUGCAUGCAUCACGAGGUGUUUGGGAUUCAGACUUGAAACUUUUGCUAAUUUUUAAAUGUGCAAUAUGUACUUUGGACAAAAAAGGUGUACCAAGGCCUGUUAGCUCGGCGCUAAGCUAAACAAAAAAACACAAUCAAUCCUACACUUCUGUUUUGUUCGCGACUUGUGUAGGCGCUUGCACAAACCUCAUUUGGGAAAUUUUUAAAAGUCAUGGACUGAGAAAAAAAAAAAAAUUCCCGACGUAAAUGUUUAAUAUCGUCGUAAAUCGCAGACACAAAUCGUAAUUUCUCACCAGACACCAGAAGUAAAAUCUGAAAAAAAGCACAAACUACAGAUUGUUAAUUACACAAAAUCAUACAAUUGUGGAAAAUUGAGAUUAUUCGUAACAUCUGGCUGUUUCCUGUGAAGCCAAAUCAGCUCCCGUUCCUCCAAGCUGUGGUUCGGAGUUGUUAUUUCCACAAAAAUGUAAAAUCGGGCGCUUGGUUUUGGGCGAGGAUGAGGCAUUGUUUUCCUACUAUGGGCCAGACGAUGGUCGUGCACUAAAAUAAUUUAUUCCUGAAUACAUGCAUGCUGAAAUCUUGUAUUUUAUCCAUUAACCACAUCAGGCAGUAGUUUAUUUACAAGGAGCCAGUCUUGUAUUGUAGUUGAUCAAGCGACGGAUGAUGAUGAUCGUCUGUCGGGUGAUAAACAGGUGAAUUCUGUGGACUGACGGCAGCUGCAAAAACUUUAAUAAAAUAAAAUGUAAAAAAAAAAAUUACAAAAGAGAAAAUAUACAUAUAUAAAAAUGAAUGUUUUUCCGCUCCUAAGCUUCGAUGGACUCUAGUGACUGAUGACUCAAACUUUCUUCUUCUUCUGUUGCACUCAUCGUAGGUUGAUCCGUCAGCUGAUUGCAUUAAGAGCAUGGCACAAUCUCCGGAUGCACAUAAAGCCGUUACUCAGCAUUAUUUCUACUGAUCAAAAGUAGUUAUCAUCGAAACCGACCGUGAAAUGAAUGCACCGCGUUUCCGCCUUUGUACUUAACAGGGUAGAUACAGUAGUGAGCGAUAGAGGGACAUAAAAACUGCAAUUUAGCUUUAAAAAUAAUCCGAACCACACUUUUCUUUUUUUAACAAACGUCAUGAACUUUUUCUGCUUUGGUAAUGUGAUCAACUACAUGACUUUACAAUUGUGCAGUUAUUAUUAUUAUCAUUAUUAUAUUUGCCUCAGUCCUGAAACAGGUGUUUCUCUAUUUCACACUCAAUCUACUCUUUUUUUUUUUUUUUUUUUAAUUUUUAUUUCUAAGUGUGUGAAUGUUAGUGUAGUGGACAAUGAUGCACUUUGGUAACUGUUAAAACCAACACUGUUAUCUUUUCAUAAAAAUGUCUGGAUGAAAUCUAGACAAUAAUCUCGAGAUGUUUUAUAAACAUAUAGUUGGUUCAGAAUGAAAACCUUAGCUGUCUUAAAUAUUUUGUGUGGAAAAAAAAAGAAGAAAAAAAUCAACAGUGUGUGUGUGUGUGUGUCGAUAUAUAUUGUCGUAUGUUAACAAGGUUUUUAAAAACAGCUUGUUGCUAAAUGUUUUCAAGUACUGCUGGCUCUAAACAUUCAGACAUUUUGUACAGUGGAGACGAGCAUGAAGUACUUUUUCUAGCCAUUAUAAAUUGUAUUUAAGAUUAUACGGACUAUUUUACCCCACUUGUCAACUUGACAGGCCUCCUUCUGCUACGUUCAUCACUUUGAUAACUUUGGAAGAAAAAAUAAAUUCCAGGAGUUAUUUUGACAAAGAAGCAGGAUAAAAAUAAAGCUGUGUGGGGUUGUGAAACUGCAGCAUGGCCGACGUGAGAUUUGGUUUAUUACAAAUUGAAGUGUUAUGUCAUGAAAAAAAAAGAAAGUGUUUACAUGUUAUCUGAAAGAUUAUCGCCCUGUAAAGAAGAAAAAAAUGUGAUCAAUGUUUUAAACCGGCAUUUAUGCAAAAGAAAUAUUUUGAGAAAAAAAAAAAACAAAACUGCAUAUGGUACCUUUGUUCAUGUCUUCUUUAUAUAUUUUUUUAUUUUUUUGCACUUUAAAAGCAUUAAAUAAAUCCAAGAGUUGCAUUUAAA